AACGGACACAGGCUCAAGCGAAUGCUCUCCAAGAGUUGGCACGAAGUCAAGCGGAAGCUCUUCAAGAAGCGGCGCGAAACCGACCUGAAGCUAUCGAGGCGGCACGACUCCAAGCAGAAGCUGAUCAAGAAGCGGCGCGAGUCCAAGAGGAAGCUGAUCAAGAAGCGGCGCGAAUCCAAGAAGAAGCUGAUCAAGAAGCGGCGCGGAUCCAAGAAGAAGCUGAUCAACGAGCGGCACAGAGGCAAGAAAAUAAUCGCCGACUAGCGGAACUAACUCAAACACGGAACGCCCAAAACGCGGAACAAGCUCAAGCAAUCGCGGAACGAGCGCAAGCAAUCGACAAUGAUCUUAUGGGCAGGGAAGGAGAUGACGAAGUCAUGCCAACCGCGGAUGAGCUCAGAGGAGACACUCUCUGGAAGGGAGGGUUGGCCAUCGGAGGCCGCGGUGGUGUGAAUGACGUGUCAGUCUGGGUGCGACUAGAUCCUGCCGGUCUCGUCCGUGACCGCGCCGUUGUGAAACGUACGACCGUGGAGAAGCUCGCCGACUGGAAAGAUGGCACCAAAUGGUCCGGAGACAUCAGGGACGUGCAGAAUCGUCAAAAUAUGGACUAUGUGCUUCACAAGAGACUUUGUGAUGUACCCAACGGAGGCG